AACUAACUGAGCUGCUGGAUACUGAAUGUUAGGAUUCUGGACUCGAUCGCUGCUGGUCUAACUGGACUCUUUUUGUUAGAACCCAUGAUCAGUUUUAAUCAAGGAUAAGAAGGAUAGUGUUCUCUGAAAAGGAAAGUUGUAGAUGAGUCAACAUGCCGACCGGAUCGGUGAAAUUGCAAAGCAUUAAAAAACUGGGACAGGAAAACCUCAGCUAUGAAGCUACGGAUGAUGAACCAGCUGGUUACUACAUGACUAUGACGACUCCCAAGAAGAAUGAGAAAGCUCAGGGAAACGCAGAACAACCAGCAAUAAGGGUCGGCUUCUUCCAGCUGUUCCGCUUCGCCACAUGCCACGAGGUGCUGAUGAUGGUGGUGGGGAGCGUGUGCGCGGUGCUGCACGGCUCGGCCCAGCCCCUCAUGCUGCUGGUGUUCGGCCUGCUCACCGACACCUUCAUCGAGUACGACAUCGAGCUCAACGAGCUGAGAGACGACAGGAAGGAGUGCGUGAACAACACCAUCCAGUGGAAGAAGAACAUCACAGAGUACAACAACACAGCGUACAACAACAACACAGCGUACAACGGCGUUCUACAGUUGAUCGUGUCAGACCAGAGCAACAUGAACAAUUCAUCAGGGAAGGUCAUAUCUUGCGGGCUUCUCGACAUCGAAUACGAAAUGACCAAAUUCGCCUUCUAUUACGUUGGAAUCGGAGCAGCUGUGUUCUUGCUGGGAUACUUCCAGAUCUCCCUGUGGGUGACGGCCGCCGCCAGGCAGAUCCAGUUCAUCAGGAAAAUGUACUUCAGCAAAGUGAUGAGGAUGGAGAUCGGCUGGUUCGACUGCACCUCUGUGGGCGAACUCAACACUCGCAUGUCAGAUGACAUCAACAAGAUCAACGACGCUAUCGCCGAUCAGGUUGCCAUUUUUCUGCAGCGCUUCACCACCUUUGUGUGCGGCUUCUGCAUUGGCUUUGUGAAAGGGUGGAAGUUAACGCUCGUCAUCGUCGCAGCAAGUCCACUCAUCGGCAUCGGGGCUGGCCUUAUGGCUCUGUUCGUGGCUAAGCUGACGGGGAUGGAGCUGCAGGCCUACGCUAAAGCUGGAGCCGUGGCUGAUGAGGUCCUCUCCUCCAUCAGGACCGUGGCUGCUUUUGGUGGAGAGAACAAAGAAGUGGAAAGGUACGACAGGAACUUGAUCUCAGCCCAGCGUUGGGGCAUCAGGAAAGGUUUAAUCAUGGGCUUCUUUACCGGAUACAUGUGGCUGAUCAUCUUCCUGUGCUAUGGUCUGGCAUUCUGGUAUGGGUCCGGGCUGGUGGUGGACACCGAGGAGUACACGCCGGGAACACUGCUGCAGGUGUUCUUUGGGGUUUUGAUCGCAGCCAUGAAUUUGGGGCAGGCGUCCCCAUGUCUGGAGGCGUUUGCCGCAGGCCGUGGCGCCGCCACCAUCAUCUUUGAGACUAUUGACAGAGAGCCAGAGAUUGACUGUUUAUCCGAGGCUGGAUAUAAACUGGACAGGGUCAAAGGUGACAUCGAGUUUCACAACGUGACCUUCUACUAUCCAUCCAGGCCUGAAGUCAAGAUCCUGGACCAGCUCAGCGUCGCGGUGAAAUCAGGGGAGACCACGGCCUUUGUCGGUCCGAGCGGAGCCGGGAAGAGCACUGCUAUUCAACUCAUCCAGCGCUUCUACGACCCUAAAGAGGGAAUGGUGACCCUGGACGGCCAUGACAUCAGAGGGCUGAACAUCCAAUGGCUGCGCUCACUCAUAGGCAUCGUGGAGCAGGAGCCCGUGCUGUUUGCCACCACCAUCGCCGAGAACAUUCGCUACGGUCGACCCGGCGUCUCCAUGCAGGACAUCAUCACUGCCGCCAAGGAGGCCAACGCCUAUAACUUCAUCAUGGACCUGCCACAGAAAUUCGACACCUUGGUGGGGGAAGGUGGAGGUCAGAUGAGCGGAGGUCAGAAGCAGCGUAUUGCCAUCGCUCGAGCGCUGGUCAGGAAUCCUCGCAUCCUGCUGCUGGACAUGGCGACAUCCGCCCUCGACAACGAGAGCGAGGCCAUAGUUCAGGAGGCCUUGGAUAAAGUUCGCAUGGGUCGCACCACCAUCUCCAUCGCCCACCGGCUGUCCACCAUCAAGAACGCCGACGUCAUAGUCGGCUUCGAGCACGGCCGGGCUGUGGAGAGGGGCAAACACAACGAGCUGCUGGAGAGGAAGGGGGUCUACUUCACCCUCGUCACCCUGCAGAGUCAAGGAGACAAGGCCCUGAACGAGAAGGCUCGACAGAUGGCUGACAGCGAAGAAGAGCCGGAGAGGCUGAGUCUGUCCAGAGCAGGCAGCUACCGAGCCAGUCUGAGAGCCUCCAUCCGCCAGCGGUCCAGGUCCCAGCUGUCCAACCUGAUCCCAGAGUCUUCAGUUCCCAUAGUUGGAGAGCUCGGCCCCAGAGCCUACGCUGUUUCACAGGCAGACAAAUCCAAGAACGCCAUCCCAGAGGAGGAGGAGGAUGAACUUGUUGAACCCGCCCCGGUUGCCAGGAUCCUCAAGUACAACAUCCCCGAGUGGCCCUACAUGCUUUUUGGAUCCAUCGGAGCCGCAAUAAACGGAGGCGUCAACCCCGUCUACUCUCUGCUGUUCAGUCAAAUCUUGGCGACCUUCUCGAUACCAGAUCCUGUGGCUCAGAGGAAGGAGAUUGAUAGCAUCUGCCUGUUCUUUGUCUUGGUCGGCGUGAUCUCGUUCUUCACCCAGAUGCUGCAGGGUUAUGCUUUCUCCAAGUCUGGAGAGCUGCUGACCCGCAGGUUACGGCGGCUCGGCUUUCACGCCAUGCUGGGCCAAGAGAUCGGCUGGUUUGAUGAUCACAGGAACAGCCCCGGAGCUCUGACCACACGCCUGGCGACCGACGCCUCACAGGUUCAAGGGGCCACGGGCUCGCAGAUCGGCAUGAUCGUCAACUCUCUGACCAACAUCGGCGUGGCCGUCAUCAUGUCCUUCUACUUCAGCUGGAAGCUCACUCUGCUCAUCCUUUGCUUCCUGCCGUUCAUCGCCCUGUCAGGCGGCUUCCAGGCGAAGAUGCUCACGGGCUUCGCCAAGCAGGACAAGCAGGCCAUGGAGGCUGCCGGACAGAUUUCUGGUGAGGCCCUGAACAACAUCCGCACCAUCGCGGGUUUGGGGAAGGAGAGGAAUUUCGUGGACAUGUACGAGGCCCAGCUGGACGCGCCGUACCAAGCGGCCCUGAAGAAAGCCAACGUGUACGGCGCCUGCUACGGCUUCGCCCAGUGCGUCGUCUUCCUGACCAACUCCGCCUCCUACCGGUUUGGAGGUUACUUGGUGCGACAAGAGGGGCUUCAUUUCAGCCUGGUGUUCAGGGUCAUCUCAGCCAUCGUCACCAGCGGCACCGCCCUCGGCAGAGCCUCCUCCUACACCCCGGACUACGCCAAGGCCAAGAUUUCAGCUGCGCGCUUCUUCCAGCUGCUGGACCGCGUGCCUCACAUCAGCGUCUACAGCAACAAGGGACAGAAAUGGGAUAACUUCCAAGGGAACAUUGAGUUCAUCGACUGCAAGUUCACCUACCCGACCAGGCCGGACAUCCAGGUCCUGAACGGGCUGAACGUGUCGGUGAAGCCCGGCCAGACGUUGGCCUUUGUGGGCAGCAGCGGCUGCGGGAAGAGCACCAGCGUGCAGCUGCUGGAGAGGUUUUAUGAUCCUGACCACGGCAGAGUGCUGAUUGAUGGCCACGACUCGACUCGUGUCAACGUGCCCUUCCUGCGUUCCAAGAUUGGCAUCGUGUCCCAGGAGCCCGUCUUGUUCGACUGCAGCAUUGCGGAGAACAUCAAGUACGGCGACAACUCCCGGGAAAUCAACAUGAAUGAGGUCAUCUCCGCCGCCAAGAAAGCCCAGCUUCACGACUUUGUCAUGUCGCUUCCUGAGAAGUAUGACACCAACGUGGGCGCUCAGGGUUCCCAGCUGUCCCGCGGUCAGAAGCAACGCAUCGCCAUCGCCCGGGCGAUCAUCCGCGACCCCAAGAUCCUGCUCCUGGAUGAGGCCACCUCCGCGCUGGACACAGAGAGCGAGAAGACCGUGCAAGACGCCCUGGAUAAAGCCAGACAGGGCCGGACCUGCAUCGUCAUCGCCCACCGCCUGUCCACCAUCCAGAACUCCGACAUUAUCGCCGUCAUGUCCAGAGGCUACGUCAUCGAGAAAGGGGCGCACGAGCAGCUCAUGGCCCUGAAGGGAGCCUACUACAAGCUGGUUACCACGGGAGCGCCGAUCAGCUAACUGCUCGGGGUGUGGGGGGGGGGGGGGGGGGCGGUAUCCAAUCAGCACGGCAGCAGAGACGAAUGUGGGGAGCGUUGUCACGGCUGUAUGUCAAAAGCAUGUUUUACUUUAAAUCACAGAGUAUGAAAGGAGGUACACCCGUUCAUUCUUACAGUAUUUAUUUUUGGGAAGGGCUCCUGCCAUAAACAGAGUUGUUGUACUUUAAGGUUUAAGGUAACUCACACCUAAUCCACAGUUAUCCUCCUACUGGAUCAGAGGAGUACUCAGAGCUGAGGGAAUCCCACAAUCCACCACUUUACACUGGAAAUAUUGGACCGUUUACUCCACUACAUUUGUCUGACGGCUGUCGUUACUUUGCAGGCUACAAUUUUAUCAUAUUUAUUAUUUGUUUGAAAUGAGCUUACACAGUAAACAGUAAAAAGAAAUCCACUAAUAUAAUACAAAGCACAUGGAGGCCAUUUUCCUGCUUAAUUACUACAUUUUUUAAAUUUGAAUACUAUUUACUAUAGUACAUUUCUGUAGUAUUAUUAAUACUUUUGAACUUUUACUUGUAAUGGAGUAUUUUUACAUUGUGGUGUUGCUAGUUUUACUUCAGUAGCUAAAUACUACUACAACCAGCAGUACUAUAGAAGCUUAUACUGUGUGGAUUUGAGUAAUGAGAGUGAUUAAACGUUCCUCACAUUUCUUUUUGAGACGCGUUUUUCACCUUCUUGCUGAGAAUUGGAUGAGAAGAUUAACGCCGCUCUGACGUCUGGGCACUAAACAGGAAGCCGGGGGCCCGCAGGCGGUUAGCUUAGCUUAGCAUAAAGACCGGAAGCAAGGGAGGAAACAGCUAGCCUGGCUCUCUCCAGAGAACAUGAAGGAAUUUACCUACGAAAACCUCUGAAGCUCACGAUUUAACACAUUAAAUAACAUAAAUCAUUCACUUUACUUUCAGACUUUAGAGUAAAAUAAGCUAAUCACCCUCUGGCUCUGGCUUCAUGUUGAGCACAGAGUCCUGAGAGAGGCAUCAAACCCCUCAUCAAGCUCUUUCUUUAUUGACUGUGUUUCUUCCUCCUAGCUCCUGAAUUUGUGUUUGUUUUUCACUGUAUGGGAUGGUCCUACUUUUUUUUUUAUUCUUUAUGUGGAAAUGAAAUAAAAACUGACAGAUCCGGUGUUUGAAAUCCACAAAAUCUUUGUAUUCCAGUUUGUUUGCUAUGAAAGCCAGAGGUCUGGAUUUUGUUUUCAAUUUAAUUUGAAAUGUUGAACCAACGCAAUUAUAUUGUAUAUUAAAUUAAAUCGUGUUUUUUCCACGUAUACAAUAAAUAAAUAAAUAU